AUGUCCUCCCCGAGCCCCCAAGCGCCUCUCGCAGAAGAUUUCGAUCCAAGACCAGCUCUCGCGGAGCUGGUCAAGGACUACGAAAAUCCUGCUGCGGUUCCCUUUGACGAAAAGUCCCUCAGAAACGUCUUCUUGCUAUACAAAAAGGGGCGUUCUUCCAAGGUCACUGCCGAACAGACCAAACAACUAGCCUGCUUUUUGUAGAAUUUGGCAAACCGGGAUAUGUCGGAACAGGUUGUGUACGUGUCUUCCCGGACCUACUUAGUGUUUUAGCUAACGGGUGUGUAGAUCGGAGUGGAACGCGAAGAACUUUCUAGCGUUUAUCGCCAAUCCAGAACACAAUCUCCCUGACGUCUACAGAAUGAUUGCGGAAAGCCUACUACUCGAGUUCGCAGCAAUCAAUUGGGGCAAAGUAGAAGAGGUUGUCGUUGAAGCUGAACCAGCAAAGCAGUCGUUGAAGAGAAAAUCACCAACACAAGAUAGCCUCGUCGCAAAGAAGAAGAUUUUAAGGUAUCAUGUACCUCAUCGUGCCGAGGCUGUUCAUUGGGGAUCAGGUAGAAUCAUGCAUGGCAUGAAAAAGUACAAGACCGAGAAAAGAACAACAUAUUCGAUCGAUCCAGAAUACAACAAGCCCGAUGCGCAUAAAUUUGGGCACAAUGAUUUGGUCGUUGGAGAUUGCUGGCCUCUCAUGCUUUGUCUUAACAGAGAUGGAGCUCAUGGUAUGUCUUGAACUCUGCUUUAAUGGUCAAGGUAUAUUUACUAACAACUCACAGGUGAAGCACAAGGUGGCAUUUGUGGCACAGGACUUUCUGGCUGUUAUAGCAACAUGCUUGGCGAUUGAUUAUAAAGAGAACAAGGACUAUGGACAUACUAUUUACUACGCUGAUGCCAGUGCACACAACACUGCCUCUGAUAACGUUGAACCAAAGGCCAAGAAGGGCACACUUGCUUUGAUCAAGUCAAUACGUACCAAACAGCCAGUCCGUGUUAUUCGCAAACAUACAGGACAAUGGAAAGACGUACCCAAAGCCGGUUUUCGUUAUGAUGGACUAUACGACGUAAAGUCGUUCGAGGAGAGAGAACAGAAGCACGCCUCCGGAAAGUACUUGUUGUUCAAAUUGGUUCGUCGUACAGACCAGCCUAAGAUCGAUACAUCACGCCCAACAUACGAGGAAAGAGCUAUUUUCGACAUGGUUACCAAGAGUAUGGAUUAAGUUGUGGUGGAGGAGUAGUGGAAGGAUCGAUGGACGGCUCAACAUCGACCUAUGGAUGGCUUCAUGGGUAUAUGAACGCAUGAAAUUAUGGCUGAAAUCGCUGGAAUUACGGAGAAAUAGAUUGGUAGACAGAUAUGUUGCUUUUCUUGUGCGCUUAUCGGAGUUGAGAGGAAUAUUCACGUCUACAAAUGAAGUUACGAACGUUCAAACAGAGAACUAAAAUAUAGCAAUGGAUUUUUAUUGGAAUUUACAA